AUGUGGGCAGAAAAUGACUUUCCUCCACCAGGUCUUGUUUACCUCCAGAGCUGUGAAGCACCAGGUGAUGAUAAAGUCUACACCAUGUACCAUGGCACAUCAAAAGAAGUUGCUGCCAUCAUUAGGAAAACAGGCUUCCAGCAGUCCAGUGAUGGUAUGCUGGGACGGGGAGUCUACCUCAGCCGGGAUCUGCAGAAGGCCAGCAGGUACCCUCUGGAACUGCCCGAGUCACAGAGAGUCGUCCUCAAAGUGAGCGUGAAAGUUGGCAAGGUUGUAGCAAUUGACCACCAAGGACACCCCCAGCAGAAGAGUUGGCAUGAUUGCGGAUACGACACGGCCUGGUGCCCUCCAAAGUGUGGUAUGGUUCGCAGUGGUCUGGAAGAGGACUGCGUGUGGGAUCCCAAACGGAUUGCCAUUAUUAAAGUAAUUCCCCCAAACAUGGAAAAUGUAUUUCUUCCAUCAGGUAAUUCUUGCCUCCAGAGCUGUGAAGUGCCAGGUGAUGGUGGAGUCUACACCAUGUACCAUGGCACAUCAAAACAAGUUGCUGCCAUCAUUAAGAAAUCAGGCUUCAGGCAGUCCAGGGAUGGUAUGCUGGGACGGGGAGUCUACCUCAGCCGGGAUCUGCAGAAGGCCAGCAGGUACCCUCUGGGACUGCCUAAAUCACAGAGAGUCGUUCUCAGAGUGAGAGUGAAUGUUGGCAAGGUUAAAAAAAUUGACCACCAAGGACACCCACUGCAGAACAGUUGGCAUUAUCACGGAUACGACACAGCCUGGUGCCCUCCGAACUGUGGUAUGGUUCCCAGUGGUCUGGAAGAGGACUGCGUGUGGGAUCCCAAUCGAAUCAAAGUCAUUGAUAUUAUUUAUCCCCAAAACAACCAGCAAUUUCUCCCUGGUCAGUUGCACCGAGACCACACCAUGCACCAUGGCACUUCAAGAGAGGUUGCAGUCAAAAUUCUGAAGAAAGAACUGACCAUCAAGGCCCCCUGCAGAAGAGCUGGCAUAACUAUGGGUACGAUACUCCCCAACUGUGGCAUGGUUCCCAGUGACCUGGAAGAGGACUGUGUACGGGAUCCCCAAUGA